AUGGAGAACAAGGGACCAGCGCCAACGGAAGUCACGGACGUGAGGAGGCCGGCGGAGGAGGAUGCGGCCUCUGGCGCCAGGUGCUUCCGGAGGACGGUGGGCGAGGACGCGACGUUGAUGGAGAGCGCCAAGGACCGGUUCCGGCAGUUCAAGGACGCGCCGGCGGCGGAGCACUGGGUCUGCCUCAAGAACAAGGUCCGCGCUGCCGGCGAGUACGCUGGUCUCAUGACCCGCCAGGGCGUCUCCAUGUUCGGCGAGCCCAAGAUCGGCUCCGUGUUCCAGCAAGGCUCCGAGGAUCAUGCCAAGAAGACGUCGGCCGCCGAGUCAUAG